AAGAUUGCGUGAAUGCCUUCGCUCCUCUGGGGGAGGUCAUGCGCCACGCGCACCACCAAGACGUCCGCUCUCAGUUUUAUAUCGAGUUGCCCUCCAUCCACUACGCUGAGGAUCCCGGUGGCCUUUCACCCAGCGAGGAAGCAUAUGUCGCCGCCUAUUGGUUUUGGCAACAUCAGGCCAUUCGGCAAGGUCCCGGACACUGGGUCGGAGGCGAAUGCGAAACAACGAUGGCCAACACGCCAUUUUUUGGCAUCCUGGCGGCGUAUCUCAUUUUGAAGAAGUGCGACUUCUACCUUCCCUUGGAAAAAGUUAUUUCGCUUGAGGAGCUUUGUGCUGUGAUCGGGCUAUACAAAUCUCACCCGGAAACACUGGGGCUUGCCGGAGAACAAGGGAAAUGUUUGGCCGAACGGGCCAACAAGCUCUGGCAAGAGCUACAUGAAGCACAAUUUACGGACAAGGACGCCAUGGAUGUCGAAGAUCAAAAACCGGCGGCGACGGAGCCGGACUUGACGGCCGAACUGCGGGCUACCCCGCAGCAAUCCGGGAUAACUAAUGCUUUCGGGGGACGUUUCACCCGGGUCACGAGCGAUUGGACGAUAUGCCUUGUCGGCCCUCAAUUGGACUGCGACCGAUGA